UGGCGUUUGAUUUGCAUAUCAGUGAAAUACAACUUUAUAUAGAAAUAAUUAGCAAUAAUAAGAAUAAAGCGCUACAAAAAUGCGUUCGUUGGGCCCAUUGGUGGGUGCCAUAGACCAGGGCACCAGUUCCACCAGAUUCCUGGUGUUUAGCUCCCAAACGGGUGAACUCGUGACCUAUCAUCAGAUGGAAAUGAAACGCAUUUUGCCCGAAGAGGGUUGGGUAGAACAGGACCCGAUCCAGAUCUACCAGUCUGUGGUCGAGUGCAUCGAUACCGUCGCCAAAAAGUUGCAACAUUUAGGCGUUGACAUCAAUGAUAUCAAAUGUGUUGGUCUCACAAACCAACGCGAGUCCACCAUUGUAUGGGACAAAGUGACAGGUCAUCCCUACUAUAACUGUAUCGUAUGGCUGGACAACAGGACGAACGAACUCGUCGACCAAAUACUGGACCGCAUCCCGGGUCGGGAUCUCAAUUGGUUUAAGUCAAAGACAGGUCUUCCCAUAUCAACCUAUUUCAGUGCAUUGAAACUCAAAUGGCUUAUCGAUACCAUACCCGGCAUUAAGGCUGCCAUCGCUCACAAGAGGCUUCUCUUCGGAACCGUCGACUCCUGGCUCUUAUGGAAACUGACGGGACGUCACGUCACAGACGUUACGAACGCGAGUCGGACUCUUCUCAUGGAUUUAGAAACCCUUGAAUGGGAUCCAUAUUUAUUGGACUUCUUUAAGAUAGCAAAACAUAUUUUGCCAGAAAUCAAAGCCUCUUCCGAUUAUUUUGGCGAUAUUACUACCGGUCCUCUCAAAGGCUUUCCAAUCACCGGAGUUAUCGGUGACCAAAGCGCAGCACUGGUGGGUCAGAAGUGCUUUGACAUCGGGCAGGCAAAGGUGACAUACGGAACAGGGGGCUUUUUGAUCCAGAACAUAGGCCCCGGACCAGUUCACGGCGCUCUCAAGGGUGUGUCCAAAGAGGCCAAAACUAAAUUAGUUACGACUGUCGCCUAUAAGUUUGGCUCAAGACCUGUCUGUUACGCUCUGGAGGGCAGUGUUGCCAUAGCGGGGGCGGCGGUCACGUGGCUCAGGGAUAAUCUGGAGCUCAUUGAAAAUUAUACUGAAGUUGAAAGCAUUGCAAAAGGCGAUCAAACAGCCGGUGGACUCUUCUUUGUUCCCGCAUUUCAAGGUCUAUACGCGCCGUAUUGGGACGCAAACGCGACGGGAACUAUAAUAGGGAUCUCGCAGUUCAGCCGCAAGUGUCACUUAGUUCGGGCCACUCUCGAAGGCGUGGCCUUUCAGACAAACGACAUUCUGGCGCUCAUGCGUCAGGACAACAGCGGCAUUAAAGUGGACGGAGGUAUGAGUGCUAACAACCUGUUG